UCAUGUUAUCCGUUUCAAUAUCAAGAAAUUUUACUAGCAUAGUUGGAGUGUUUGUUAAUUUUGGAUAGUAGUGGACAUUCCGGUUUAAGGUUUGCUUCCGGUUCGAUUUUCUGGUUUAUAUAUUACUUUUUUUUUUUUGUCUGUGUGUUCUUUUUUGGGCUAAAAAAAACUCUGAUUGGCUUUAGAGAGAUUUACGAGUACUCGUCGUCUGUUGUUCUCUGAUCUCUUUCUCUCUCAAAUUGGCUCAUCCAUUCCAUUAAUUCCUCCCAAGUACCAAGCAAGCUACUUCGAUCUUCUUCUUACUACUCUCGUUUCUAAUUAUUGUUACUAUCUUAAAUGGGUUCAUCUGAGAAGAGAUCAAAGGAUAUCAUGAGUGACAUACCAACUUUCAGUGCAGAGAAUUUGCAGAACAAUUUGAAAGUUAUUCAAAACAGCCGGACGUUUCUGUCUAUCAUCGCUGGUGUUCUUGCAGGAAUAAUUGGAUUCAAUGGCUUGACUGGUUUUGUAUUUUACUUUGUUGUGAUGUUGAUCACAUCAGUUGGGCUCAUGGCUAAGGCAGGAUUCUCAGCUGACUUGUACUUUGAUUCGUGGAAUCGGGUCCUUUUUGACGGCUUUCUUGGUGGCCUUAUGUCGUUUGUGCUCUUCUGGACAUUUGCUUAUGACUUGGUGCACAUAUUCUGAGAGAACUUCAGCUGCAAAGGAGGAUGGUGAAACGACACACAAGAUUGAAUUCGGGUUUGCAGCCUCUUCAAGUAACUGAAUUAGAUUGACAAUGUUUCUCUGGUUCCCGUUUUGAACAACAGAUUAUGAGUUCUUAUUACUUUUUUUUGUUUCAAAUUUACUUGAGUUCACAUCAACUGUGAUAACCUUUAGACUGAACAGUUUCAAGUAUUUACACUUUCUUCCGAUUUGAUGUUUCCAUUGUUGUUUUCUUUUUUUUACAUUCUUGCAUGUAAAAUAUAUCUGAAGAGCUUAAGUUUUCAAUAGAAAACAUUAGGACA